CUGUUCAACCGAUUAGAUUUUACAGUCUUUUUUAUAAUUGGUUAACUGAUUUUAAAAUUAUAUCUUUAAAAUACAUUUUUUCUUAAUCUUUGUACACUACUACAAAACAUCAAUUAUUAUGAAACAGAGGGAGUAUUAUUUUUCUAAGAAUUACAAACUUUCAUUUAACUGUAGUUGCUGUGCAUGAAGAGUUUACAUUUCUUCGUUAAAUGGGUAAAAUUUGAUUAACCAAGAUAUAAACCACUUUCAAUGCGCAUGAUUCGGAUUAAUUAAAGGCCGUAGGGGGUAAAAUCGUCAUUUCGAUGUAAUUAUUCGCAUUAUCAGAUCUUCUUAAACGCUGCGUUUAGAGUAGGUUGUCUUUUUCUUCAGUAACAUUUCUAAAAUCGAUUUUCAAAUCUGCUUCUCCCUCCUCUUUCUCUCUCUCUAUCUUCCCUCAGAAUCACAGAGCCUCUCUUGUAAAUGGAUAAGAAACCGACAGAUCCUGACGCUCGAGAUCCCGAGAAGCCAUUUUCCCUUGCAGAUUUCGAGAUCGGGAGACCGUUAGGCAAAGGCAAAUUCGGCAGAGUCUAUCUCGCUCGCGAAGUCAAGAGUCACUUCGUGGUGGCGUUGAAAGUGAUAUUCAAGGAACAGAUCGAGAAGUAUAAACUCCAUCACCAGCUAAGGAGAGAGAUGGAGAUCCAAACGAGCCUAAGGCACCCCAACAUCCUCCGUCUCUUCGGUUGGUUCGACGACGACGAGCGGAUCUUCUUGAUUCUCGAGUAUGCUCAUGGUGGUGAGCUCUAUGGCCUUCUUAAAGAGAAUGGCCAUCUCACCGAACAACAAGCCGCCACUUACAUUUCAAGUCUAAGUCAGGCACUGGCCUAUUGUCAUGGAAAAUGUGUGAUUCAUAGAGACAUCAAACCCGAGAACUUGUUGCUUGAUCAUAAGGGAAGGUUAAAAAUUGCAGAUUUUGGGUGGUCAGUGCAGUCAAGUAACAAGAGGAAAACUAUGUGCGGGACGUUAGAUUACUUGGCACCUGAGAUGGUUGAACACAGAGAUCACGAUCAUGCUGUUGAUAACUGGACUUUAGGGAUACUUUGUUACGAGUUUCUCUAUGGGAACCCUCCUUUCGAAGCUGAGAGUCAGAAAGAUACAUUCAAGAGAAUUGUUAAGAUCGAUCUGAGUUUUCCUCCUCAGCCAGAUGUCUCUGCAGAAGCUAGAAAUUUAAUCAGUCAGCUUCUUGUUAAGGAUCCUUCCAAAAGGCUCUCUCUUACGAAGAUCAUGCAACACCCUUGGAUCGUCAAGAACGCAGAUCCUAAAGGCGUGUGCCUCAUUUGAUGUUAUUCUCCCAGUCUCUGGACAAGUAGCGUUGUGGGGAAGUUCGGAGAACACACAUUGUAUGUUUCAUUUCAGCACAUUGAUGAAAAAAUUGUUUUUACAGUUGGAUGUAGUUAUAACAUUGUCUUCCCAUCUAAUAUUUUUUUUUCCACUUGGAAUCAACUAUAAUUAUAAAAUAUUCUUUUUCUGAUAA